AUGUUUAAAGAAUGGAGGGGGGUUGGAGCGUUAUUAGCUGUCAUAAUUAGUUGCGUGGUGGCGUUGGAAAAUGGGUUGGCGAGGACGCCGCCCAUGGGCUGGCUGGCGUGGGAACGAUUUAGGUGCAACACGGAUUGCAAAAAUGACCCUGACAACUGCAUAAGCGAACAUUUAUUCCGUACAAUGGCAGACAUUGUAUCGAGUGAAGGUUACGCCGAUGUGGGCUACGAGUACAUCAACGUAGACGACUGCUGGCUGGAAAAAGAAAGAAGCCAAUUUGGUGAAUUAGUACCUGAUAGACAAAGAUUUCCCAGAGGAAUGAAAUCUCUUGCCGAUUAUAUUCAUGCCAAAGGACUGAAGUUCGGCAUCUACGAAGACUUCGGGAAUUACACGUGCGCGGGUUAUCCAGGUGUUAUUGGUUCUCUAAGGCAAGAUGCGGAAACUUUCGCCUCGUGGGAUGUAGAUUACGUGAAACUGGAUGGGUGCUACGCUCAUCCAAGCGAAAUGGACCAAGGCUAUCCAGAGUUUGGCUAUUAUCUGAACCGAACUGGACGACCGAUGAUUUAUAGCUGUAGCUGGCCUGUCUAUCAGAUUUAUUCAGGUAUGGCACCAAACUUUACCUCAAUCAUUCAACACUGUAACGUUUGGAGAAACUUCGACGAUAUUCAGGAUUCGUGGGCCAGUGUCGAAAGUAUUAUUGAUUACUACGGUAAUAAUCAAGAUGUGAUAGUACCAAAUGCUGGACCAGGACAUUGGAAUGAUCCAGAUAUGUUGAUUAUUGGAAAUUUCGGUCUGAGCUAUGAGCAAAGCAAAACCCAAAUGGCCAUAUGGGCUAUAUUAGCCGCACCUUUAUUGAUGUCCGUGGACUUAAGAACGAUCAGGCCAGAGUACAAAGCCAUACUGCAAAAUAGGAAAAUAAUUGCCGUGGAUCAGGAUCCUUUGGGGAUACAAGGGCGGCGCAUAUACAAGCAUAAAGGUAUUGAAAUAUGGUCAAGACCAAUAACCCCACUGUUCCAAAACUACUUCUCUUAUGCGAUUGCUUUUGUAAAUCGACGGACAGAUGGCACACCGUCCGAUGUUGCGGUCACAUUGAAGGAAUUGGGGCUUACAGCACCUACUGGAUAUAGAGUGGAGGACCUUUAUGAAGACGUUGACUACGGCGUCCUAUCCCCGCAAACUAAGAUUAAAGUCAAAGUAAAUCCCUCAGGUGUAGUAAUAUUGAGGGCAGACGUACAAGCGGACUACGACAGAAGAGUUUCCUACUAUAGCACACCGAGGACUGCCUUUAAUCAAGUGUUUAGAAUACGAAAUAACGAUUUUUAAAAUAGCUUUAUUGUAAUAAAUUAUUUUUUAGAUUAA